UACGGCGCUAGCGGAGGUGGCAGCCGCCAUCUUGUAGAAAUGAGCGGGUCGAACCGUGAGGCGGCUAAGGAAGAACGCAAGAAAGCGGGGGGUGGGGUGAUUAACCGUCUGAAAGCUCGGAGGGUGCAGGGCAGGGAGGGAGGCGGCUCCGAUCACCGAGCAGUGAUUCCGGUCACCGAGCACGAGUUGCUGGGCCUGAAGGAGCUGAGACCGGAGCACGUCCUAGGCCUGAGCAGAGUCACGGAGAAUUACCUGUGUAAACCUGAGGAGAAUAUCUACGGCAUUGACUUCACUCGCUUUAAGAUCCGGGAUCUAGAGACUGGCACCGUGCUCUUUGAGAUCUCCAAGCCUUGCCCAGAACAAGAAGAUGAAGAUGAAGAAUCGGGACAGGUGGAUAGUAGCGCCGGACGUUUUGUACGAUAUCAAUUCACACCAGCAUUCCUUAGACUUCGAAAAGUUGGUGCUACUGUGGAGUUCACCGUAGGGGACAAACCCGUGAAGAGUUUCCGAAUGAUUGAGAGGCAUUAUUUCCGCAAUCGCAUACUGAAAAGCUUUGAUUUUGACUUUGGCUUUUGCAUUCCAAACAGCAGUAACACAUGUGAGCACAUGUAUGAAUUUCCACAACUUUCAGAAGACCUUAUUCGCUUGAUGAUUGAUAACCCAUAUGAGACGAGAUCCGAUAGCUUCUACUUUGUGGAUAACAAGCUGAUCAUGCACAAUAAAGCAGAUUACGCCUACAAUGGUGGCCAGUAAGGAUCGGCUUCCGUUGACUGACCUAACAUUCCUUGACAAGAGCAGAGGAUUUGGGGAUGUGUGCGGUCAAUCCUGUGCUUGAUGCAUCACGGAGCAUCGUCUGUUUGUUUCUCUUCCCCCCCCCCCCCCCCCUUUUUAUAAAGUGCUGUAAUACAAAACUGAAGACUUUGUACAAAAGAUAUUUAUUUAUUUUUGUAAUAUCCUCCUUUUAUUGGCAGUUAAGCAGCUUUCUGAGCUGGGAGGAAAACCAUGAGAGAACAAUCGCUGUUACGUGUUAUAAGAAAUUAUCAGAUAAAAUGUCUAACUUGAUUCUUGGUUUGUGCAAUAUCACAUGCCCCUUACCCCUCUCUUCAGAAGGAAUACCUGUUCAUGAAAUGCACAGAGAAGUUUAGUUUGGGGAGCUUUUGCAAGUGACGUAAGUGUAUAAAAACAGCCCUAUGAUCCAAAUGUGGAUCAUUAAAGUGAUUGUCCAGCUUUCACGAAGUGAUGCCCAUCCUCAGGAUAA